AUGGACGGGGAAGAAGAGAACGUCGGGCCGUUCCGCCGGACGAGCACCCGCACGCGCCGCAUGGCCACGCGCAUGGCAUCCGCGCUCGCCAGCUCCGACAACCGCGCCCAUGCUGCAUUAGCUCGUCUUGAAGCUCUUGAGAGUGAUAAUGCUGGGGUUGAGGUGGUAGAUCUUAAUGAUGGUGAGUAUGGAUCUACGGAUGAGGAAGACCCUGUGCUCAUGCAAAAGAAGCAGUCCAAGAUCAUGAAACGCAAGACAAGGCAAGGGAAAGCUUUGGAGAAGAGGGCAGCAAGAUCAUUCAUGGAUGUGCUACAAGAAGUAAGUGAUUCUGUGCUGUAA